GUUACACGGAAUUCGGAGUGCGUCGAGUGGUGUGUGCCUUUUUAAUUGUGAGCUGAAGGGCAAAGGAUAUGAAGAACCGAUAAUGACAAAUCAAGAAACGUUCUCAAGGACAUUUUCUCUUUGUGGACUGCUCUGGCACCAUGAACUUCAUUAUCUUAUUCUCAAAAGAGGACAUAUUGCUUAAAGGAUAAGUCGCGGCGGUACAAGCGUCUUCAACGAAUCGUCAUCUAGGUUAUUUCUCAGGGACACCGCUGUGUAUAGGCUACGCAGUGUCAUGAAAUGUGCGUGCGGCAACGUACCUUAUGUGAUUCAAGACAGUCGUGUUGGAUCUUAAAUAAGGGAUAUUUGACCUAUUUAAACGUUUCUUAAGACAAGGAUACAAUAUUGCAAAAUUUCUUCUCAGGACUAUAAAUGGACGUGUAGUCACGCCACCCCUGACGCUCACACACAGACCGUUUCAUGGGUUUCCGAUCAACAAUGGGCGAACCUAACCGGUUUACAUACCCAGACCUCUGGCUUUGGAAUAUUGGGGGCCAUCAUUCAAAGUUCACACAACUCUCAGUAAAAUAGAGCAAACCGAAUUGAAAGUGAACGACUGAGAUUUAUUAAAAUAGGCUAUUUGUCAAUAGGCAUCAUAUCUGUGCGCUUGAUUGCCAAGAAUGAUUAUUGAUGGCAAUAUAUUUUAAAUUCUUACAUUGUAGCUAAUUACAUUGUGUAAUUGUUCAUUAAUUAAUUAAGUCACAGUUCAAUCAUUGGAGUGUUAGCCUACUCAUUUGCUAUAGACUCCGCUUCAUAAUUUAUCAUUUUUCACGUUCAUGCGUAACGGUAUGGGAAUGCCACCCGGGCUGUCAUUUCAUAUGAUCGAACAUAAGGACUACAGAUGGAAUAUUGAUUGAGGGGAGAGAAAAGCAAAUCACCAAUUAAUUGACCAACAUUUCCCAUGCCUUUUGGAGGACUGCACAAUGGGGAUUAUGCUUCAAGUUAUUUUAGGAAUGUUUCAGUUCCUCUUGCUCUCCAGAAUCCCCACGUCCCAUGCCAAGGUAUGUCAAAUAACUAACUACACUCUUAGACUAUUGUCUGCAUGGGAAUCUCAAGAGUUGAGAUUUUUGUAUUCCUUUGCACUGUAUUAUGCAACAAAGCAUCUGGUUUAGUUGAAGGGAAAGUAAAUAUAGGAAUAAAAUGAAUACAGUGAAGUACCAGUGAAAUAAAAGUAAAAAAAUAUUUAAUAAAAGUAUAAUAUUUUGAACUGAUUCUUGUGUAUACAUUUCCCACUUUUGGAGAUUACCCACAUGGUCAUUGAUAGUCUUGUUUAGAGAUUACCCCAUGGUCAUUGAUAGUCUUGUUUGGAGAUUACCCCCAUGGUCAUGUUUGGAGUUUACAAAGGUUUAUAGAAUUUUUGUGUAGCACCACUUGCUCUCUCCUAGACUCAUGUUGAUACAAUGUGGCACAACUAUGCCAGACUGAUGGGCUGUACUUUAUAACACAAGGCAGAUGUAGGCUACUGUACGUGAGUGACAUAUACAUUUUAGUUAUUUAGCAGACGCUCUUAUCCAGAGCAACUUACAUUUAGUGAGUGCAUACAUUAUUUUUUUAAUAUUGGGAAUUGAACCCACAACCCUGGGGUUGCAAACGCCAUGCUCUACCAACUGAGCUACAUCCCUGCCGGCCAUUCCCUCCCCUACCCUGGGCCAAUUGUGCACCGCCCCAUGGGUCUCCUUUCGCGGCCGGCUACAACAGAGACUGGAUUUUAACCAGGAUCUCUAGUGGCACAGCUAGCACUGCAAUGCAGUGCCUAAGACCACUGCGCCACUUGGGAGUACAGGGAUUUAUAAUAAUUUGCCAACACAGUAGUCUCCAUAGACUCUCAGACACACAACUCUUCACAUGGCAGAUAGGUUUUAUUUAUGUCUGGAGUCUUCAUAUCAAGAACAUGUAGUGCCCUGAUUGAGCUGCGUGGCCGUGGGAUAUAUCAGGUUGGAGGUCCUGGGAAUCAUCCUGGGAAUCAUGUUGCAUUGGGGCCCCCAUAUAUAUCUCUCUCUCACACACACACACAGUGUUAGUGGUCACAAUGGCUUUUUCUACUCGUCCCCCUGGGAAAGGCUGGGUUAAUGGUGGCAGUUAGAGGGGAUACGACUCUGAUGCUGCAGCUGGCAUUGUGUGGUCUGUUGCAAGAGCUUGGCUGGCACUGUUUAGAUUACGUGUGUGUGUGUGUUUGAGAGAGCGCAAGUGUGUGUGUGUGUCAGAGAGGGAGAGACAGAGAGAGUGAGAUUCUGCCAAUGCCUGUGUCGGACAGGAUAAGAUGCAACCAGACUGGGAGGGGAAUUGUCUCCUCUGGGAAAAUAAAUACAAGGAACACACACUUGGGGUGACAGUAUCAACUUCUUCUAGGGGCCAGUCUGUGGAGCUAUAGCCCACCCUACUUCUUCUAGGGGAUGUAGUGUACUGAUUGAUUUGUGAAAUGAAUGAAACACCAGUGUGAUCUGACAUGUUUCUUGUUGCGCAGUCACUUACAACAGUAAAAUGGCUAUGCACAUCGGUGAACUGAGAAUCAAACUGGGGGGGAUGGGUUGAAAUGGGGGCAAUUGGGCAAAGUCUACAUUCUCUCAGCAGUGGCCUUGGUCCACUCAGACCUAAUAACGGCGUUGUGUGUGUGGGCGUGUGUGUGUGUGAUAUGUGUGUGUGUGAGCGUGUUUCCGUGCUUGUGAGAGUGUGUGUGUGUGUGUGUGUGUGUAAACUACAUACACUGCUCAAAAAAAUAAAGGGAACACUAAAAUAACCCAUCCUAGAUCUGAAUGAAUUAAAUAAUCUUAUUAAAUACUUUUUUCUUUACAUAGUUGAAUGUGCUGACAACAAAAUCACACAAAAAUUAUCAAUGGAAAUCAAAUUUAUCAACCCAUGGAGGUCUGGAUUUGGAGUCACCCUCAAAAUUAAAGUGGAAAACCACACUACAGGCUGAUCCAACUUUGAUGUAAUGUCCUUAAAACAAGUCAAAAUGAGGCUCAGUAGUGUGUGUGGCCUCCACGUGCCUGUAUGACCUCCCUACAACGCCUGGGCAUGCUCCUGAUGAGGUGGCGGAUGGUCUCCUGAGGGGUCUCCUCCCAGACCUGGACUAAAGCAUCCGCCAACUCCUGGACAGUCUGUGGUGCAACGUGGCGUUGGUGGAUGGAGCGAGACAUGAUGUCCCAGAUGUGCUCAAUUGGAUUCAGGUCUGGGGAACGGGCGGGCCAGUCCAUAAAAUCAAUUCCUUCCUCUUGCAGGAACUGCUGACACACUCCAGCCACAUGAGGUCUAGCAUUGUCUUGCAUUAGGAGGAACCCAGGGGCAACCGCACCAGCAUAUGGUCUCACAAGGGGUCUGAGGAUCUCAUCUCGGUACCUAAUGGCAGUCAGGCUACCUCUGGCGAGCACAUGGAGGGCUGUGCGGCCCCCCCAAAGAAAUGCCACCCCACACCAUGACUGACCCACCGCCAAACCGGUCAUGCUGGAGGAUGUUGCAGGCAGCAGAACGUUCUCCACGGCGUCUCCAGACUCUGUCACGUCUGUCACAUGUGCUCAGUGUGAACCUGCUUUCAUCUGUGAAGAGCACAGGGCGCCAGUGGCGAAUUUGCCAAUCUUGGUGUUCUCUGGCAAAUGCCAAACGCCCUGCACGGUGUUGGGCUGUAAGCACAACCCCCACCUGUGGACGGCGGGCCCUCAUACCACCCUCAUGGAGUCUGUUUCUGACCGUUUGAGCAGACACAUGCACAUUUGUGGCCUGCUGGUGGUCAUUUUGCAGGGCUCUGGCAGUGCUCCUCCUGCUCCUCCUUGCACAAAGGCGGAGGUAGCAGUCCUGCUGCUGGGUUGUUGCCCUCCUACGGCCUCCUCCACGUCUCCUGGUGUACUGGCCUGUCUCCUGGUAGCGCCUCCAUGCUCUGGACACUACGCUGACAGACACAGCAAACCUUCUUGCCACAGCUCGCAUUGAUGUGCCAUCCUGGAUGAGCUGCACUACCUGAGCCACUUGUGUGGGUUGUAGACUCCGUCUCAUGCUACCAUUAGAGUGAAAGCACCGCCAGCAUUCAAAAGUGACCAAAACAUCAGCCAGGAAGCAUAGGAACUGAGAAGUGGUGUGUGGUCACCACCUGCAGAACCAGUCCUUUAUUGGGGGUGUCUUGCUAAUUACCUAUAAUUUCCACCUGUUGUCUAUUCCAUUUGCACAACAGCAUGUGAAAUGUAUUGUCAAUCAGUGUUGCUUCCUAAGUGGACAGUUUGAUUUCACAGAAGUGUGAUUGACUUGGAGUUACAUUGUGUUGUUUAAGUGUUCCCUUUAUUUUUUUGAGCAGUGUAGUAUUUAUUUUGUGUGUUAUUCACCUGGCUAAGGUAUUUGAUGUCAGUGUAGAGCGUGUGAGUGUAGUAGGGGCUCUGAGGUACUAGGGGCUGUGAGGUACUAGGGGCUGUGAGGUACUAGGGGCUCUGAGGUACUAGGAGCUGUGAGGUACUAGGGGCUGUGCAGUACUAGGGGCUGUGAGGUACUAGGGGCUGUGAGGUACUAGGGGCUGUGAGUGUAGUAGGGGCUCUGAGGUACUAGGGGCUGUGAGGUACUAGGGGCUGUGAGGUACUAGGGGCUGUGAGGUACUAGGGGCUCUGAGGUACUAGGAGCUGUGAGGUACUAGGGGCUGUGCAGUACUAGGGGCUGUGAGGUACUAGGGGCUCUGAGGUACUAGGAGCUGUGAGGUACUAGGGGCUCUCAGGUACUAGGAGCUGUGAGGUACUAGGGGCUGUGCAGUACUAGGGGCUGUGAGGUACUAGGGGCUGUGAGGUACUAGGGGCUGUGAGGUACUAGGGACUCUGAGGUACUAGGAGCUGUGAGGUACUAGGGGCUGUGCAGUACUAGGGGCUGUGAGGUACUAGGGGCAGUGAGGUACUAGGGGCUGUGAGGUACUAGGGGCUGUGAGGUACUAGGGGCUCUGAGGUACUAGGAGUUGUGCGGUAUUAGGGGCUGUGAGGUACUAGGGGCUCUGAGGUACUAGGGACUGUGAGGUACUAGGGGCUGUGAGGUACUAGGGGCUGUGAGGUACUAGGGGCUGUGAGGUACUAGGAGUUGUGCGGUACUAGGGGCUGUGAGGUACUAGGGGCUGUGAGGUACUAGGGGCUGUGAGGUACUAGGGGCUGUGAGGUACUAGGGGCUGUGAGGUACUAGGAGUUGUGCGGUACUAGGGGCUGUGAGGUACUAGGGGCUGUGAGGUACUAGGGGCUGUGAGGUACUAGGGGCUGUGAGGUACUAGGGGCUGUGCGGUACUAGGGGCUGUGCGGUACUAGGGUCCCUCACUGUAUAUAAGGUUAAAAACAUACAGUGAUUUCCUACCUAACACCAGGGAUGUAGUGCUCCCGUAGUGCGGGGGAGUGGCGCUCCCUUACUUUUUUGAGAAUACAUGGAGCUGGUAGAAAUAUUUCAGGAAAAAUAAUUCUGAUAAAUUAUAUUUAAUUACCACUGAUUUCCAUGAAAACAAUAGAAUGACAAACUAUAUAAAUACUGUAUGUAGGCUAUAGCAGCCUGUAGGUAGGAAAGGGGUGGUUUCUUCCCAGUCUUGGCGGUGGUACGAAUGAUGAAUAACUGUAGCAUGAUUAGAGGGUGGCGGGGGCCGUUGGUCGGAGGCUUGACCACUUUGAGUGGGCCAAAUCUGAUGUAACAAGAACUGCCACAGACAGAAAACUCCAGGGGUUGCUAAAACGUCUGUCCUCAAAACAGUUUGUUAUGGAAUGUUGCUCAUGUACGACGCACUUGAACUCGCCCUGCUGUCCAGAUGCUUAGCUUACAGGAACGUACCACCUCUAUUGCGUAUGCAGACAAACUGAUCCACCAUAUGAACCUUAUCAUCACACCAAUGAGAUCUAGGAUCCAAAUUCACUGUGUGUCUGCCUUGAUGUUCAUAAAACUCCACAGACCCCAUCUUGUGCAGUGGAACCCAGAACGAUAUGUGACCACUUGGUUAUGGUGCUGUCCUUUCAGCACCACUAUUCGAAGGGACCUCAAACCGCUUAAAAUAACCCUCAUCAUCAAGAUCUGUUGCCGACGCCUAAUAGUUCUACUCAGUGGCUAAUCUGCCUUUGCCAUCGAUACUAUUGGCAAAUUUACAAUUGCUUGAUAAUAAAGUGGACGAACUACAGGCACAAAUAUCCUAACAACGGGUUAUUCAAAACUGUAAUAUCUUAUGUUUCACCGAGUCGUGGCUGAACAAAGACAUGAAUAACAUACAGCUGGCGGGUUAUACACUGUAUCGGCAGGAUAGAACGGCAGCCUCUGGUAAGACAAGGGGUGGCGGUCUAUGUAUAUUUGUAAACAACAGCUGGUGCACGAUAUCUAAGGAAGUCUCGAGGUUUUGCUCGCCUGAGGUAGAGUAUCUCAUGAUAAGCUGUAGACCACACUAUCUACCAAGAGUGUUUUCAUCUAUAUUCUUCGUAACUGACUAUUUACCACCACAAACCGAUGCUGGCACUAAGAUCGCACUCAAUGAACUGUAUACGGCCAUAAGCAAACAGGAAAACGCUCAUCCAGAGCCGGCGCUCCUAGUGGCCGGGGACUUAAAUCUGUUUUACCUCAUUUCUACCAGCAUGUUAAAUGUGCAACCAGAGGGAAAAAAACUCUAGACCACCUUUACUCCACACACAGAGACGCGUACAAAGCUCUCCUUCGCCCUCCAUUUGGUAAAUCUGACCAUAAUUAUAUCCUUCUGAUUCCUGCUUACAAGCAAAAACUAAAGCAGGAAGCACCAGUGACUCAGUCAAUAAAAAAGUUGUCAGAUGAAGCAGAUGCUAAGCUACAGGACUGUUUUGCUAGCACAGACUGGAAUAUGUUCCAGGAUUCUUCCGAUGGCAUUGAGGAGUACACCACAUCAGUCACUGGCUUCAUCAAUAAGUGCAUCGAUGACGUCGUCCCAACAGUGACUGUACGUACAUACCCCAACCAGAAGCCAUGGAUUACAGGCAACAUCCGCACUGAGCUAAAGGGUAGAGCUGCCACUUUCAAGGAGCGGGACUCUAACCCGGAAGCUUAUAAGAAAUCCCGCUAUGCCCUCCGACGAACCAUCAAACAGGCAAAGCGUCAAUACAGGACUAAGAUCGAAUCGUACCACAUCGGCUCCGACACUCGUCGGAUGUGGCAGGGCUUGCAAACUAUUACAGACUACAAAGGGAAGCACAGCCGCGAGCUGCCCAGUGACACGAGCCUACCAGACGAGCUAAAUUACUUCUAUGCUCGCUUCGAGGCAAGUAACACUGAAACAUGCAUGAGAGCAUCAGCUGUUCUGGACGACUGUGUGAUCAUGCUCUCUGUAGCCAAUGUGAGUAAGACCUUCAAACAGGUCAACAUUCACAAGGCCACAGGGCCAGACGGAUUACCAGGACGUGUACUCAGAGCAUGCGCUGACCAACAGGCAAGUGUCUUCACUGACAUUUUCAACCUCUCCCUGUCUGAGUCUGUAAUACCAACAUGUUUCAAGCAGACCACCAUAGUCCCUGUGCCCAAGAACACUAAGGUAACCUGCCUAAAUGACUACCGACCAGUAGCGCUCACGUCUGUAGCCAUGUAGUGCUUUGAAAGGCUGGUCAUGGCUGACAUCAACACCAUUAUCCCAGAAACCCUAGACCCACUCCAAUUUGCAUACCGCCCCAACAGAUCCACUCACUCCACACUGCCCUUUCACACCUGGACAAAAGGAACACCUAUGUGAGAAUGUUGUUAAUUGACUACAGCUCAGCGUUCAACACCAUAGUAGCCUCAAAGCUCAUCACUAAGCUAAGGACUCUGGGACUAAACACCUCCCUCUGCAACUGGAUCCUGGACUUCCUGACGGGCCGCCCCCAGGUGGUAAGGGUAGGUAACAACACAUCUGCCACGCUGAUCCGCAACAGUGGGAGCCCCUCAGGGGUGCGUGCUCAGUCCCCUCCUGUACUCCCUGUUCACUCAUGACUGCAUGGCCAGACACGACUCCAACACCAUCAUUAAGUUUGCCGAUGACACAACAGUGUUAGGGCUGAUCACCGACAAUGACGAGACAGCCUAUAGGGAGGAGGUCAGAGACCUGGCCGUGUGGUGCCAGGACAACAACCUCUCCCUCAACGUGAUCAAGACAAAUGAGAUGAUUGUGGACUACAGGAAAAGGAAGAGGACCGAGCACGCCCCCAUUCUCAUCGACAGGGCUGUAGUGGAGCAGGUUGAGAGUUUCAAGUUCCUUUGUGUCCACAUCACCAACAAACUAACAUGGUCCAAGCACACCAAGACAGUCAUGAAGAGGGCACGACAAAUCCUAUUCCCCCUAAGGAGACUGAAAAGAUUUGGCAUGGGUCCUCAGAUCCUCAAAAGGUUCUACAGCUGCACCUUCGAGAGCAUCUUAACUGGUUGCAUCACUGCCUGGUAUGGCACCUGCUCUGCCUCCAACCGCAAGGCACUAAAGAGAGUAGUGCGUAUGGCCCAGUACAUCACUGGGGUCAAGCUUCCUGCCAUCCAGGACCUCUAUACCAGGUGGUGUCAGAGGAAGGCCCUAAAAAUUGUCAAAGACUCCAGCCACCCUAGUCAUAGACUGUUCUCUCUGCUACCGCAUGGCAAGCGGUACCGGAGCGCCAAGUCUAGGUCCAAGAGGCUUCUAAACAGCUUCUACCCCCAAGCCAUAAGACUCCUGAACAUCUAAUCAAAUGGCUACCCAUACUAUUUGCAUUCAAACCAAAUAUCAUCGCAUAUGCUGUAGCAUAGUUACAUCAAAAACACCUCUAUAGUCAUUUCUUAUCCGAGGGCGUUCAAAACUCAACAGUGCGCGCCACUAGGCAGGAUAUACGCUUUGAUUAAAACAAAAUAGGCCUACAAGAAAGGCUAAUAGUUUGUAAGCACCAUCUGCAUUAAUUCGCUCACGAAACAGUAAUUCAAGAAGAUCUAAAUGCAUAUUCCCAUGAAACUGCUUGAGAUCAAAUGAUUGGGAUGGAGACGCAGUUUGGACAUUUCACUGGUAAAAUGUGAAGAAUUAUCAUUCACGAUUGACAGUCAUGAUGGCCUAUUUUGAAAUUAAGUUUGCCUAACUUGGUGUUUGAGGGUAUUCAAAAUCUAAAGUUUUCUUGAGACAAUAUGUGUGGGCCUAGGCAGACGUUGGAAUUGGAGGAUUCAUUUUGUGUAUAUUCUAUAAUGAUAUUCAAUAGGCUACAUCUGUCUGUGCAAACUUUGAAUGAGAAAUGAUUACGUCAUUUUUAAAUAAAAAAAUGGCGCUCCCUCACCUGAAGAAAUAGCACUACACCACUGCCUGACACAUGUCUUCUUCUGUCACUCUUAUCUUCCAGCUAGCCCACUGGAGACCUGCAGACACCACCCCAAAAUCCAGAGAAGGUACUUCCUCUUCCCCCUGUGAUAAUCCCACCAGCAUAUGUGAACAGUCUGAUGAUGAGUAACUAUGUGUGUAUAAAUAACAGAUGUGAGAGUCAUAAAGUAAGAAUGAAUACAUUGACUAUAUUUGUGAUGUGUAGUGACCUUGUCAAACUUAUGCAUCUGAAAUGUCUCUCUCUCUCCCUCUCUCUCUCCCUCUCUCUCUCUCUCUCUCUCUCUCUCUCUCUCUCUCUCUCCUCUCUCUUCCUCUCUCUCUCUCUCUCUCUCUCUCUCCCUCCCUCCAGUGCGUCGGUGGUUGGAGGUGUACUCUCGUAGUGUCUGUGAGCCCAGGGAUACCAUGGUGGAGGUGUGGCAGGAGUUGCCGGGAGAGACGCAUCACCUCUUCAUGCCCUCCUGUGUGUCGGUCCGCCGCUGUGGCGGAUGCUGCUCCGACGAGGCACUGGAGUGUGUGCCCUCACUCACACAAACUAUCACCAUGGAGGUACACACACACAUACACACACACAUACACACACACAGAAUGAUUAGUAACUGUAGUUUGUGUCUUUGUCCUUUGCAGCUAAUGAAGACCUCCUUUAUGAAGCAUGAGCUCAUCGAGCUGGACUUCGUUGAGCACAGCCAGUGUGAGUGCAGGUGAGCACACACACACACACACACACACACACACACACACACACACACACACACACACACAUACAGUCUAUGCAUGAAUGUAUUCUCUCAUUGUGUGUCCUCACAUAAUCUCUCUCCCUGUAGACUAAAAGAGGAUCUUCGAUCAGCCCCUACCAGGUACAGUACUGUAUGUAUGUGGCUGUCUGUGUACAUUUAUAGUAUUUCUGAGAAGAUACUCUUGUAAAUGUUAAUUUUACGUGUCCUAAACUGUUUAUAUGAAGGGUGCUGUGCUGAGCUGUAGAAAGUUAUGAUUUGUGUAAAACUGAAGUGAGGCUAAGGCUUUUGACCAUACAGAGGGAGAACUACUUUUGCUCUGUCACAUGUUUGGAGCCCCAGCCCACCCCUGACCCAGUGGCAGACUGACUAGCUGGUCUUAGACCAACAGAGCUGGACAGAGGUCAAGGCCCACAGAGAGGAAAGUUAGGGAAAGAGCGAGAACAGGGGGAUAGAGGGAAAUAGUGAAUAGAGUGAAAGCUAGAAAGGGAGACGGAGGCAGACAUUUUAUUUUCUAAUAAGGCUGUUGGACUCUAAUAAGGCAUUUAACUCAGAAAGUCUGUAAUGUAUCUAUUUAGAUUUUGAUCUGCUAUUGUGACGAAUUGUUGUUUGACACAGAUGUAUGUCUCUGACUAACAGGCCUGCAAAGCCUCUGAGGAAAAAGAAACGGGAGAGAGGAAAAUCCAAAAGAAAGAAAAGUGGAGCUAUCAAAACCACGUAAGUUCAACUUAACAUGCAACUCAUACAGGCGCCUCAAAAUAAUUAACACGUCAGUUGUUGCUUCUUUCUCCAUUUAUAACGCUAUAAUUUAAAAGCUUUAUCACGAGUCUAAGAAAGUGUCUGUUUCUCUGCGGGUAGGUGUGUUCCUGCACACACACAUCAUUCCCAGAAAAUCGCUCCACCCAGAGAGCGGAAAGAGAGAAUUCAGUCCUUAUUUUUCAUCCCUUUUCAUCAAUUCUCCUCAUCAUACUGCUGUCAGUUAGUUCACUCAGUGUCUCUCAGGCCCGUCCAUCACUCAGAUCAGAAAGCCACUGGUGUCUGUUUUAAGGUGCUGUAAUUAUUUUAAAUUAAGUGACUGUUCUCUUUACCCCCCCCAGACCCUCCUCUCCCCCCACUAUCCCCUCUCCUCUCCCUACCACCCUGUCUUCCUUGCCAGGCCCUCGAUGUACCCCCUGUCCUGGGAGGAAGUGGACGCUCGAUUUGCAGUCUUGUCGGUGUCGCUGCAACGUGACCGCAAAGAGCUGCAGUCAGAAAGGGAGGAGACUCAACCAGCACCUCUGCAGGUCAGUGUCCAGUGACAGCAAACCAUCAUCAGAACCAGAGCCAUAGAAGAAGUGCUCUGACCACUACCACAGAUAAAGUACCAACUGUGACCAUGCAUCACAACCACAUUCAACAUGGCUAAACCACAACCAAACAUUACGCAUUUGAUCAAUCUGAUCUGAACUCUCUCUCUUGUUUCUUUUUGUUUUAGAUGUGAGGCCAUAAGGCGGUGAUGCUCUCUUUCUACUCUCUCUCUUUGUCACCGCUGGUUCCAAUGUCACUCUCAGCCAUGCUUAGCGCAAUCCUGGGUACCUCUCUGUUAGGGGUGGGGUGGGGAAGCAUAUCCCUAAGUACUCCCUUCUGUGUCCCUCCUUGUCCUCCAGAAACUUCAAGGCAGUGCAGUAUUACAACGUAAAUAUAUAUAUACAUGUGCACCAACUGUGUCUAGAUCUGUAUCUGUAUAUGUGCAGUCAGUCUCAUCAUCCCACAGCUUCUUCAGGCACUUAGCUACCAUCGUCCAGUCAACAGGUUUAUAAACGCUCUCUCCUUCACAAGGGUAAAUGAUGGGACCAAAUGUAAAGCACAGUUUAAAUGUCCAAUAUCAUGAGGGCGAUGUGAGGCAGUGGGUGGCCAGGACGUUAGUUGUAGAACAGCCAGAAUUCAACACUCACACCUCCGCUUCUGUAUGAGACAUUGGGACUUUGGAACAUGAAGA